UGCGUUUCCUGAGGUAUUUAGAGCCCUUGAGCUCAGCUUGGGUUAGCAGCAGUGGGACCGCUUCAGGUACUAGGCGGUUGACUCGAGAGCAGGAGGUGAAGAUGAUUUCUUGGAUACUUCCCAUUGGGGCGCUAUUGUCCUGUACGUUUUUACCAGGGCAACUGGAUGCCACAUCACUAAUGAAGAUCCUCAAGCCAGAAACUGCCCCAUCAGCAGAGAAUGAUGGUAUCAAGAUUCGAGCAGAACAAGCCCAUAGCUUCUUGUCAACACAUUCCAGGCCAAAACGCAAUGCAGACAAAUGGCAUCGCAAUGUCCCCGAUUUCCAGGCGUACUACCGCUAUUACAACAGUAUUGGACAUUACGAAGGGGUUUAUGAAAUCGACCGCCUCCGAAUGCUCUACCAACAGAUGAGGCAUCUGGAGCAGGUCCAUGGCCCCAAUGCACCCUACUAUCAAUACACUCUGGGAAUGGCACCGACCAAGUGUGACCCGCGGGAUAAGAAGUGCAAGCCUGUGGCCACCAAUCCAACCAAUCCUCCUCCUUUACCCACAACACCAACCCCACCUGCACCCAUCAGACAAGCCAAUAUCCAAUACCUUUGCAACCCAAAAGAUCCUGGCUGCCAACCAUAUAUUGUUUACAUAGGUACAGGUACUACCCCUUAUCCAUGUGAUCCCAGAUAUGAUCCUGCUUGUUCUGCCCCCACAGCUAAAAAAGUAGAAGCUCCUGCCCCACCUCCUGCUUCCAAAGCCAAGUUUCCAAUGCCACAGCCACCACUGGUGCCACAGAAGGGCUAUAAAGCAAUGGAGUAUGACUGUGACCCAUACUGGGACCCAGACUGCCCACGACCACUCCCUCUUAUUUUGACCAAAGGGAAGACUCAGCCUCCACCCCCUCCACCUCCCCCUGUGGACGAAGAUGAGGAGGAUGCAGCUGAAGAGGAGGAGGAGGAGGAUCCUGAAUCUACACCCCCAAGUGUCCCAGAACCUUUGAAGAAAAUAAAGAAGCCCCCUCCCCCAGCAAAGGCUCCCUUUAAUAUUCAUGGCCGUUAUUACAAUUUUGAUCCUUAUGAUCCUUAUGCCUACGGCGGUCAGUAUGGGCCAAACAGGCAAUGAUUUUUGAGUGAAGGUUGAUGAUAAAAGCUAAAGCUUUCUGCCCUCUCGAGUCUCCUAUUUUCUAAUGCAACUGUUCCAGUCAUGAUUUGUACACAAGGUAUCCCACAUCCUAAGGUGUGUGACAAUCUUAAUGUUGUAUUCCUGCGAAAGAAUUAAUUUCUGUGAUACACAAAGGACUUAAAACAGCAAAAGCUUCUGUUAUUUAUACAAAAAGAAAAAAAGAAGAAAAAACCCUGCUUUCUUACAUUUUGUUUGUAUAUGUAUAGUAUUGUAUCAAAAUAAAUUUGCCUGUCUUGUAAUGAG